AUGUCGGAAAAGCGAAGGAGGUCAUCGCUGCUGCAGGAUUUGGUGAACAAGAGAGCGUCCGAGGGGGAAGAACAGGCCGCGAACAUCGACAGCGAUCCGUGGCGAUUGGCGAGUUUCGGGGUAAUUGAUCUCCUGAAAAAGCUAGUAGAGGAGGGCGGGAUUGAUGUCAACGCCAAGGACGAUCGAGGGAUGCCACCAAUCAUCUGGGCCAUAAGGAGCGGGCACGAAGAGGUGGCCACCUACCUGCUGGAUAAAGGGGCCGACAUGGAGUCGUUCGGUUACGCCGGCAUGAGGGCUCUUCACCACGCCUGCAGCUGUUCCCACGAGGGCUGUAUUACUCUCCUCUUGGAUCGGGGUGCAGAUGCCAACGGCGCCGACGAGUAUGGCAACACCGGUCUCCACUACGCGGCCGCCCGAGGCGUGUUGAACAUCAUCAUACGUCUGAUCAGCAGCGGGGCGGAGCCGGAUGUACCCAACGUGCAGGGCUCCACGCCGCUACACAAGGCCUGUGCGUUUGGGCAGAACGCGGUCGUGAAGAAGCUCAUCGAGAAGGGGUCAGAAGUGGGAAGAAGCGACAAGGACAACAAUACUCCGCUGCACAUCGCCGCGCGGAGCGGCUUCGGCUCGCUGGUGUCGCUGCUUUUGGAUCUCGGUGCCCCGAUGCAAGUGGCCAACAAGGCGGGAAAAUCUCCCAAAGACGUGGCACUCAACGCUUCCAUCGCGGCGCUGCUCACUGAACCGUCGUAG